UCCAUGGCGGCUCCAGGCAACUGCCGAGGCGGGAAAAGGACGCCGUUCAGAAGCCGCUUCCUCACCGAUCCGGCCCGCCUUUUCCAGCAUAACGCCUGGGAUAAUGUGGAGUGGUCUGAAGAGCAGGAAGCAGCUGCACAAAGGAAGGUACAGGAGAACAGUGUGCAGUUUGUAUCUCCAGAUCAGCAAGAGGCCUAUGAAGCCAAUGCCAACGAAUAUUGGAAUGAAUUCUACAAAACCCAUGAAAAUGGCUUCUUCAAGGACCGCCACUGGCUUUUCACAGAAUUUCCUGAACUGGCUCCAAACCAAAAUGUCAGUCAGAAUGGCACGGCUAUCUCUGAAGACAGUGGCUCUGUGCAGCAGUCCAAGCGCUUGGGCCCUGGGUGCUACUGUAGCAAUGGGCUUGAUAUAGUGGAGGAGACUGGGGCCUCAGAGCACCGGUCAGACUCCAAGAUGAGCAGUUGUAACGCUGUUUGCCAGUUAUGUACACAAGUGGAAAUGGCAUCACAGAACCUGGGGGAAAUAAGACUGAAUGACUUCCCAGGGUCGUCUGCUACCUACCGGAUACUAGAGGUGGGCUGUGGUGCUGGAAAUACAGUCUUCCCCAUCCUCCAAACCAACAAUGAUCCCAACCUGUUUGUUUAUUGCUGUGACUUCUCCAGUAGGGCAGUGGACCUUGUCAAGGCUCAUCCAGAAUAUGACACGUCUCGCUGCUUUGCCUUCGUUCACGACCUUUGCAAAAAUCAGAUGCCUUUUCCAAUGCCAAAUGAGAGUCUUGAUGUGGUGGUCCUUAUCUUUGUCCUUUCGGCGCUCCUUCCAGAAAAAAUGCAGCGCGUAAUUAACAGACUUAGCCAGCUUCUAAAGCCUGGUGGAAUGAUUCUAUUACGAGAUUAUGGCCGUUAUGACCUGGCCCAACUCCGCUUCAAGAAAGGUCAAUGUCUGGCUGAUAAUUUUUAUGUGAGAGGAGAUGGCACUAGAGUUUAUUUCUUCAUGCAAGAUGAGUUGGAUUUGCUCUUCUCCACAGCUGGCUUGGAAAAAGUCCAAAAUAUAGUGGACCGUCGUCUGCAGGUGAACAGAGGAAAACAAGUUACCAUGUACAGGGUGUGGAUCCAGUGCAAAUACCGCAAACCCCUCAGGCUGAGGAGAGACCAGAAGACACACACUCAGCACUGUGCCUAGGCUUAAGGAGACCCACUUCUUCUGAGGACUGCCCCCAUAACCUGGGGGAAAGCAGCACAAAUUUGGUACAGCAAUGGGACUCCUUGGUACCGAGGUCAAAGAAACAGAGCUUUUCUUGGUGUAAAAAUUUAAAUGGGGGCUUUUCAGAAUGUUUAAUACCAGUAAUGAGCUUGAUCGCCGAUUAUGGCCCACAGAACCCUUCAGUGUCCUCUGAUUCACAGGUCUGCCUCUGACUUCUUUGGUAUUCAUUCUGGCACAAACCACUUAAAUCUGUCUUCUUCAGGGCCCAGAUUGGACAGGCUUCCUUCUGCUGUUUAUUUCUACAGGGAAAAGGGGACGUGCCUUCCCAAUGGCCUCCUUUUGUUAGCAUUGAAGAUUUCUUUAGAUACAGGAAUGCGCAUCACAAGACAUUCUUUGUAGGCAAAAACCACUUCCAUGAGCAAUGCAAAUGUUGGAAUGAUGAACACUCAUGAGAGUCAGGCAUCUUUUCAGGCACUAUAAAAUCACAACUUGUAUUUUUCCAGUUCACAGGACAGCAAAGGUGAUCCUGUGAGCUUAGUUCUCCUUUGCACUAUAUCAUUCAGUAUACCACUCGUGCAAGCAAGUUUUUGUUCCUCAAAGCAACUUUAUUUCCAAAUACAAAGCUGCUUCUUGCAUUAUCUGUCAUGAUGGCUGAAACCCCUUGUCUCUGAAGCCCCUCUGGCUUUAUCAUCUACCUGUUUGAACCGCCUCCAUGGGGCUUUGGUUGGUUAGAAAUAUAGAAUAUAAAUACAUGGAUUUUUAAAAAAAUAAAUUGGAUUUGAUUUAAUUUGCUAAAGUUAUGUUAAUAUAUAUCUUUUAUCAUUUAAACCAGGUUAUAUUAAAAUCUAAAUUUAAUAGUAACAUGUUAAAAGUCCUAGACACAAUCUCUUAAAACUGGAUAAUGACAAUCAAACCCUUGCUGUCGCGCUGCCCACCGCCCAUGGAAUCCACCAAUAGACGGGGGAAAACCUGCAGCAAAACCGUCCAGUUAUGGAACUAUUCCCGGCCUGCCCGUCUUGUUCUUGUGCCGCCAAUAAUAGCCAGAGAACUCUGGGGAAGAUUUGGAGUCCCGUUCAAAGCGGGAGCCCUUCAGCCGUUCCUCCCCGGCGGGCAGCUGUGUGAGGGUGCUUGCUCUGUGUCUCGCUGCCUGCUCCGGGCGGGGGGGGGGGGAGGAGUGGUGACUGCAGACAAGCGAGUCUCAGCACAGCACAGCACCCCUAUUCUUGGUGGUCUCCCAAUAGUGACUGUGGCUAACCCUGCUUAGCUUCUGAGCUCAGGCUAGGCUGGGCUAUCCAGGCUGCUCUUUUAAGACCCAUUGAAAUCAGUGUGUUAGAUCCAGCCGGUUAUUUCACUCCUUUUUACCCAAUACCUCUUCUUCCUACAGUGCCCGUCCAAUAUGGCUUUUGUCUGGGCAGGUCCCACGAUCCCCAGCAUAAUCUUUUUAGGUGGUUAAAGGGGACCCCUCCCCCUUUCUCACCAGCAGAAAUGCGGUUUGGAUCCUCUCCAAUAGGUUUCAAGAGUGGUUGUGACUGAGUUCCAUUCCACUCAUUUGAUAAAAAGGUUUCCAAGUCCCACAGGUUCAAGGAAUACAUUAAUCGAGGUUGUAGUGUGACUUUUAGUUCUGGAUUGUGCCCCCUCACACAUUUUGUGUAAACUGAAACAGUAUAAUUUCCACUCAAGGCAAUCCCCCAGUGUUUGUAGUGCCUGAAACGAUUAAUAACAACAUUUCGUUUUUAUAUACCGCCCUUCAGGACAACUUAAUGCCCAUUCAAAGAAGUUUAUAAAGUGUGUAAUUAUCCUCAGGACAAACACCCUGUGAGAUGGGUGGGGCUGAGAGAGGUCUAAGAAGCCGUGACUGACCCCAGGUCACUCAGUUGGCUUCAAGUGGAGAAGUGGGGAAUUAAACCCGGUUCUCCAGAUUAGAGUCCUGUCACUCUUAACCAUGCUGCUGUAUGUUCUAUAGAAAUGCCAGCAUCAGGCAAAUUCUUCACAGCUCACCUUUGAAUCCAUCCUUUUUGCUGGAUCACACAAAUCAAAGAAUGAUCUUACCAGCCCCCCAGCCAUUCCUUGCUACUAUUAUAGUAGAAAAGAACUGUGGGCCCCAGGUGCCUUCAAGAAUCUUGUUUUGUGAUCUCUUCAAUAUUAAAGCAACCAUUAUUUAUGUAUUGAAUAGCUAUAAUAAAACUUUUAUUUUAACAAG